GAAAUAAAAAAUAUUUUCUUCAAAUGUUAUGAAAUAAAACUAUUUUGCAUCAAUUUCCGUCGACGCCCCUCUUCUGUAAUAAUACUUUAAACAUAUUUAAAGGUAUUAAAAAUAAAAUUUUACAAGUCAAGCAUAAGUCAAAACAUAUAAUUAUUUGCUUAAUUCAUAAAAGUUUAGUGAAAAAAUGCAAUAAAUAAAAUAAAAAAUUGAAAGCGCAAUGCUAAAAAUUUCUUGCAACCGUAAUUGUGUAGAAAACAACUGUGAAGAUUAGAAAGUAUUAAAGCAUUGAGUAUAGCCGAAAACAAAAUAGCAAUAAAACAAUUAAAGAACACCAAAAACAAAAACAAAAAUAGAAACAAAUAAAGUUAGAAACAAAAAAUAAUGCUUACAAUUUAACGUGUGAGUGCCACUAAGCCGCACUGCCCUGUGAAAUGAUACAAUUUGUAAGAAGUGUAGCAUUGGCAACAACAAUAGCAACACAUUAACAAAUAAAAAUUUUAAAUUAAAUAAAGAGCAAAGUGACGAAAUACAGACAAACAAAAGCUGACAAGAUACAUUACUACAUUCUAGUCAAUUCCGACAGACACGCAGACGGGCAGAGAGGCAGAGAGGUAGAAAGGUAGAGAGGUAGAGAGAUGUUAGCUACAGCCGACACACAUUUAUGCACAUACCAAUGCAGCUACAUAUGUAUAUCCAUAUGCAUAUGCGUAUACAUAAGCUUAUAGAGAGCAAAUUAGAUACAUAUCUAUAUAUUUGCAUAUACUAUAAACAUAUCUUUAACAAUAUGUAUUUAUAUAUGUAUGUGAAUAGAUAUUAAGAUGUUAAAGAAUUAGUACAUGCAUCUAACAAAUGUACGUAUGUAUGUACAUAUGUGCAUAUGCGCGUUCAACGUAGUGUAGCCCCAAGUAGCGGGUGGAUGGGUAAACAGCAACUUUGUAAAAGUUGAAGAUACUUUGGCGGCUUAUAAACACACACGCAUAGGCGUAUAUGCAUUUACACGUGCGUGCAUUCAUACAUACAUAUGGGUGUACAUUCAUACGUAUGUACAUAUGUAUGUAUGUAUGUACAUAUAUGCUGUGCGAGUAUUUGUUUAUGUAAAUGAAAAAAUAAACCGACCGGCAAAUGCGCGUACUUAACACGGCGAGAAUAAAAAAUAUAAUAUAAAGUAAAGCAAAUAAAAAAAAAAAACAAAAAUAACAAUUCAGAUAAAUGAAACUACUUAAAUUAUAAGAGAAAAACUAAAUCAGCGGCACUAAGGAACACACACUUAUGUACAUUUAUAUGUAUGUACAUAUGUAAGUCUCACAGAUACACCCCUCGAGCAUAGAAUUGCAAGAAAAGCAAUUGAAAAGUGUAACAUUUGCCGCGCAUCCUAACCAACUGCCCAAACAAACCCACCAGCUACACCCGCACACUCCCCAACAUACAAAUACCUAUACAGAAAUGUAUGUAUGCAAUACUCGCAGCAGGCGCGCCACAAAAAAUUAACAUCUCUUACAGCAAACUCGCUAUCCAACACACGCCGACCGAACAACCAACCGGCCAACCGACGAACCCACCGACCGAUUCACCACCCAACCAAGCAACCACUAACUAAAACGCACUCAAAAAAUAGACGAAAAAAUACAAUACCACACAGAAAUACUUAUCUCACCGGCAAACAGCCGAAAAUCCAAUAACGAACUCUUACAAACCACUAAUAGCAGCCAAAAAGCCGACCGAGCUAGCCGGCCAUCGUCAGCGCCAACCCAACCAUCCGCCUGCUAGCUACCAGCUCGACAACGAACGCAGACGCGCGGCCCAGUAGUCGGCGAAAAAACGAGCAAUGAGCAGCAACGAAGCACGCGUCAAGCGAGAAUGAGUGAGCGGUGGUAGCGCGGUGGUGCGUAAAUACACGCAUACAGGCACAGAGCACCAAACGAGCAAGUCACCAAAACGACACAACACACACACAAACAUAGCAUGCAUAAGCACGAGUAUGUGGAGCAAAUUUCAAGCAAGUAGCGCUGAGCGUGGAGCGUUUAACAACCAAAUACCCUUGUGUGCGCGUGUGUGUGUCUGUUUCGUGAGCGCUUACGCCUCGGAGCUACUUGUCGUCUGAUUGACUUUACAUCAGUAUGCGGGCGCGUUCCAAGCGGUAUGGUGCGUUUAAGUAACCGAAAUUUUGGCAGUAGUAGUAGCCAUGGUGGCCGACAAGUGUGAAAGAUAAAAUCAAAUUUGAAUUUUGAAUUGUGAUUGUACAAGCCAAAGUCGAAAAGUAAACAAAAUCUGAGCCAUAACAACAAGCCGUCAGCUGUUACAGUUUAAAGUGCUAACGAAUAGAUGCGAAAGUGGAGUUAGGCAGCAACCUUUUCCCUCCAAAUAUCGCCAAAAUAUCAUUGAGUGCAGUGCCAUAGUGCCAGUGUUUAAGUUUCCCAGUUUUUGGCUCGGUUUAAUAACUUGCAGCAAUAACGUAGCGAUCAGCCGAUUAAGUGACACGAGUGAACGCGGUCGAAGUAAAAAAGGCGCGCGUAAGCGAAACAGCGGCAAUUAUGCUGUCCGCUAGAGUGGAUGCAAUGGUGGCAAACAGCGGCAGCGCAGCAAAGGCAAGCAAGGCUCUAAGUUCCCGAUGUGACUGUGCGACGAAUCUAAAAUGUAGAUGUUAAAUCAAGUGCAAGCAACAACAACAAUAGAAAAAGCGGUACUUACUUAUGUACAAGUAUUUGCCGGUCAUUAAGCGGUUUGUUAUGGAAAAAAAAGAAAAUAAUAAUUGAUAUUCGAAAAAGGAAAAAUCACUAUUUAUGCUAUAAGUAAAGCGCAAAUUUAGUGGCAACUAACUAUACAUACAUAUAUGUAUGCAUGAAGCAUGUGAAAGGGAAUAAGCUUUGGAUAAUAGUUUUAAUUUCCCCAGCGAUUAUGCAAAAAGUAAUAAUAGCAGCCACACGCUUCAAACUUGCUGAACAAAAUUACUUAUUAUGAUGAUAACAGUAAAAUCGUGGAUUCGAAUUAAACAAAGUGCUUGAGAAAAUAACGUCAACCCUAACAUCUAGUGCAUUGAACAAUAAGAAUUCACCGUUAUAGUUGCGUCAACACCGGUAUGAUCAGGAGAGCAACGACAACGACAACAACGUCCUUGGUGGAAAGUGCGAAAAAAUGCAUUAUCAAAGGGGAAGACGAAGAUGAAAAUCAACAGCGCCGACAAUUGAAAUCGAAUCGUGUAAAAUAUUGCAACAAUAUGGUGACCUAAAUACUUACGACGCGCAAAAGUAUGAAAAACCGGCCGAAAUAAAUCACUAGAAAUUUAAAAGAAUUAAGAUUUCAUAAAAAAAAAUACAAAUAAAUAUAUACAUACAUAUAUAUGUAAAAAUAAAAAGUGCCGCGAAAAAAAAUAUAUUUUCGAAAAUUUCAGAGUCAGCAAAUACAAAAGUUUCGACCAGCGAAAAAAAUCCGGUAUUGAAAAAAGUAAAAGUUAAUUGCAUUGAUUUAUUUUGCAUGCGAAAUUGUUAAGCCACGAAAUAAAACAUAGAAAUAUUUAAAUAAAAAACAAAAAAUUGCGUGCAUUAAAACGGUACAUACAUAUGUAUGUAAGUACAUCAUAAUAAUAUAUGAAGUGAGAAACAGGUAUUGUGUGUAGCAUCAGGUGUCAAUAAUAAAUUAUCAUUUUUUGUCAAUUAAACACAAUUGAGUACAAAAAACCUGCUCGCCAACUGCCUGCCCAGCUUCCAAAAACCUUUUCAGCCUGAAAAAACACAGUAAAAAUUACGAAAGCUGCGAGGAUUACCGAUGAUUACCGCGCGGCGUUCACUGUGAAGCGUGGAAAAUUGAAUUUAAACAAUUUAAUUUCAUGUCAAUAUCGCGUUAUUCGAAGCUAUUCUGAGGACCUUGUUGAGCAACCCUCCAGCGGCUGCUGGCUUACCGUAGCGAUUGAGACCUUUUGCCAGACAUCAAGAUUUCACGCGAAAAUUUUUACUUUUGCGAGCAUUCGACUGUUGGUCACGAACAUUAUUGGCUUAACGUCAGUCGGCUGUCUCGUUCAUGCGAAGGGAUUUACGUCUGUAUUGGAGGGCCCUAGCACUGCUGGGUGCCCUCCUUUCGAUAAUCAUUGAUUGGCCGGGCAUGAUGGUGUGUGCGAUGCCUGCGAUUUUAUUGCAGCCAAAUGCAACAACAACAAUAAAUGCAACAGCUACAAUGCAACAGCAACAACGACAACAUAUUGAUCAUUUAAUGGCAGCGAAUGCAUCAUUUCACAAUGCCACAACCACAACAAACACCAACAACACCCACCGCAGCGGCUUCGACGUUGAUGCCGUUGGCGGCUUACAGAUAGCUGAAGAUAGCUUCGCUUUAAAUAUUUACUUAAAUACAAUUGGAAAUGGUAGCCUUAAUAGCAGUAGCUAUGGUGAAAGUGAGCAGCAGCAACAACAAACAGAAGAGCAAGAGGAAGAGCAGCAAGAAGCUGAACAUACAACGGAAGAAUCGCCAAAAAGCAGUCAAGCGCGAAAUACCGCCACCCUUGCAGCCGUUAAUACGAACAGCAAACACUCGGCAGGCAACGAAAGCGAACACCAUGAGGGCGCCGACUAUGCGCCUGCGCAACACGCCCCACCAGCAUCGAGCGACGAUCAGUUGCAUAAUGCGCAGCGCAUUAAAGUGUUGAAUUUGAUAUCGAAUAAGCGUAAACGUAAAAAAUUCAGCGACCAAAAUGACGACGAUGAGGAAGCAGCGCUAGAAGCAAUAGAAACAACAACAACUACCACCGCCAAUAACAAACCACUUAGUGUAAGCGCAAAUAGUAUUAGCAAUAAUAGUAAUAAUUUCAUUCAUAAUAAUAUUAAUAAUAAUAAUAAUAAUCAAAAUAUUUUCAAAAAUUAUGAAAAUCAACAAAUGGCCGCGGCGCCAAAACGAACGUUAAGCCAGCUCGAAAAUACUACUCAUAACAAUAAAAAUAAUUAUAAUAAUAAUAACAAUAUUUAUAUAAAUUAUAUCGAAGAGCAAGUGCCAGCAACAAUCGAUGAGGAGGACGAAAGCGCGGGGGUUGCGGCGGUGACGGAACCAUCGUCACUGUUCACCACCACAUCGAGUACUGGUAGCGAUUACGACGAUCAAAACGAGCGCAGUAGUAGUCGCACCAGCACAUCGUACAGCCUUACAACAGCGACGCCCGACGAGGAUGCCGAUUUGUUGCAGAAUUCCGCGCCACAAUUACCCGCCUUCAAAUUCGCGUCCGCGCAGCAUACCGCCCUACUACUUUCGCGUACCGAACGUAGUGUACGUCAGGCCGCAGUACCAUCUGCCGCUCAAACUGAUAAGAAUAUCGAAAUGCGUGCGCGUGCGCCGUCCAUACCAAAUAGACGCGCAAUACGUCAUCAUGGCGGUGGUGGCGCAACUAAUAAUAAUGGCGGCAUUGUGCGACGUUCCUCUGACGGUAGUCCGAAAUCGAGAAGACUGAACAAUUUUAGAAAUAUAAAUGGCAGCAGGCAUCUUAUGCCCAGCAAUUUGGAUCGCAAUGAGCGCUCGACCAUCUCACAUUUGUCGGGUUUGUCGCGUAAAAUUCAGAUUUACAUUAAAAAUCGUUUCAUACAAUUAUUGCCGGAUGGCACGGUGAAUGGUACGCAGGACGACCAAAGUGAUUACACCAUUCUGCAGCGUUCGACUGUUGAUGUGGGACGCAUCAAAAUACAAGGCGUUGCCACCUGUCUGUAUUUGUGCAUGGAUGCAUGUGGCGCUGUUUAUGGUUCGAAAGAAUUCACUGACGACUGUGUCUUCAACGAGAACAUGGAGCAGCACAACUACAACACAUACUCAUCCACUUUUAAUUCGAAUACGCGGCGCGUGUAUUAUCUGGCGUUGAAUCGCCAUGGUGAGCCGCGUAAGCUGCAAAUACCGUCCACCCGCUCGCUCGGCAAAUUGGCCACAUACACGAAUGCCAUUACCGAAACGGUGGAGGAGGAACGCGUCGAACAGCUGAUAGCGAAGAAUUUCGGCGAGAAUCGCAUUAAGCACGGCUUACGCCAACUCUGUGAUACGGGCAAACCAUUGAUCGAACUGAUCGAUAGCAAACACUUCAAAGCGCUCCCCAAGUGCAAUCCAAAUUCUAGCAAUAGCAAUAGCGGUAGCAAUAGUAGUAGUAAUAGUAAUAGUAGUAGUAGCAAAAAAAGUAGCAGCAACGUUAGUGGCAAUGGCAGUGGCAACGAAAGUAGUAGCAGUAGUAGUACUAGUGGUAGCAGUAGUCCUGUAGGUAAUAGUGAUAGUUAUAGUCCUAGUGGUAGUGGUAGUAUUAGCCACCAAUCAGUGAACAACGUUCCUGCUGCAAAUGAAAGAGGCGAGUCACAGAGCAGCGCAGUCACAAAUAGCCAUAGCAACCACCAACAGAAAGGUGGCAGUAGUAUUAGCAAUAGUUCGACGGUAGGGAGUAGCGGUAAUGGUAGUCAAAAAACCGUUGUCGGUCAUCAGAAUCACCAUGGUGGUGGUGGAAAGAAGAAGAAGAAGCGGCGGAAGUGUCGGCCGCACGAGAACGAGGAGGAGCAUAAUUGCCAAAGGAGCCCGCUGGCGCUACGCAAGCGCGGCAAUAAUCUCAACAAUAAAAAAUGUCGAGAGCAGCUGGCGCUGCAACAACAGCAAAGAAGGCAGCUAAAAGCAAAGGGUGAGGAAAUACCCCAUAUGCCGCUGCCAGCGCCGUGUAAGAAGAAGAAAAAUGGAGGCGGCGGAAAAAAGAACCGCAAUAACCAAAAUCAAAAUUCCAGCAACCGAAACGGUCUUGGUGGCGAUACAGUGGCACCUAACAACCGACGCGGCAAGAAACUGAACGCCAAUAGCCGGCAAGCGGGUGGCGGUGAUGGAGCGGGCAAUCGCAAUUCCAGCGCGAAUCGCAAAAAAGGGCGAAACGGUGGCGCGCAAGUGCAAAAGAAAUUGAAGAAGCAACCAAUAGUGAAGAUCACUAGUACAACAGCAAGCACGACGCAAGCGACCAGCAGCAGCAGGCUCACCACAAUGGCUAGCACAACAACUUCGCAGCAACUAUUGGACAUCACAACAGUGGCAGCAGCGCUAUCAAUACCACCCACCACCACCGAAAUGAGCAGCGCUGAAGUGGAUGAUAGCUUGGAUCCGCGUGCUGAGGUGACGAGUGUGCGCGGUGAACGCGAGCGAGAACAACGCAACGUGCGCUAUACCAACUCGAUGGAAGGCGAUGACGCGCAUGUGGUCGCGGCAGCAGCGGCGGCGGCUGUGGCAGCUGACAUAACUGGCUCACGCGAAGACUCCACAGAAGCGGAUGUAAGUGAAGAGGAGGCAGAGCAUGAGGAGGGUAAUGUCGGUGGCGCGUCAGAAGAAGAAGAUAAUGAGGAAGCUAUCGACGAUAUGUACGAUGAAAGUGAAGAGAGCGCAGCGGCAGUGCCGCCCGUCUCAUCAGCAGCGGCGACAGUAGCGAUCAGUGGCGGUAGAACAACAGCGACGCGUGCCCAGCUACUCGGAGACACAGACGACUUUCUGUACUACGAUCAAUUCGAUUUUCUACCCUCUGGUCUGUGGAAAUUAUUAGCACUCUUCUGGCUGACGAAAUUGGCGCUGCGAGGGCGGACGUAACGUAUCAGAAAAAUUUGGCAAAAUUAAAAAAAAAAACCUACAAAUUUUUAAAGUACUGUGGAAACUUAUAAAAGCUGGGCUCAAACUACGGAAUCGACGAAAUUCUAAAUUUACAUACAAACACUUAAGUAAAUGUACAUACAUAUGUACAAAUACACUUACCUGAUCACGGGUAGCACGAGCUUUUAUAAUUAUAUAUUUACACAUACAUACAUACAUACAUAUAUUCAUUGCAAUAGUAGCGGCAGUUGUAAUACUGUACCGUUAGCUCUACCUAAUCAUCUGCUGCGUCACUAAUUAGUGUGGUUACGAUGGAUUAAAAUAUGCGUAUGUAUUUUGCUAAUUCAAAAAAAAAAAAAAAAAUAUUUACAAUUUUUCCAAAUCGAAACCUCAGUCUGAUAUUGGCUCGCACAUUUUCUACAUAGUUUUAUUGAUUUUUUUUUCACAAAAUAUUUAUGAAAUGAGAAAGUGUAGGCGAUGCCUGAAAAGCACAAUCUUAAAGCGAAAUUGAAAAAAUUGGAAACUUAGAUAUUAAAUCUGAAUACACUUAUGUGACAUACGAGUAAUUGCCUGUAGCUUAUUUACCAUACAUGAAAAUCUGUCAAAUGAAAAAAAAAAAAAACAAUUAAAAAUUAAUACCAAG